UUUGUCAUUGCACAUCUGCGGUCAUUCCCGUAAAGCUUGUAAAACGGUUUAACUUCGUGUUUGUUGAGUGGAAAUAUCUAAGUUAAGUGCUUGCUAUGGAAACUUUAAUAGGAAUCCGGGGACCAGAUUUUGUGAUGCUUGCAGCUGAUAGUUCACAUGCUCACUCAAUCAUUGUUUUGAAGGAUGAUGAAAAUAAAAUUUACAAAAUUUCCGAUAAUCUGAUGAUGGCUACGAUUGGUGAAGCGGGAGAUCGCGUCCAAUUUACGGAAUACAUUAGCAAAAACAUUUUGCUCUACAAGAUGCGGAACGGUUACGAGUUGGGUCCAAAAUCGGCAGCCCAUUUUACUCGUAAAAAUUUGGCUGAUUAUUUACGAUCUCGUACACCGUACCACGUUAAUGUGCUAGUUGGAGGAUAUGACGAAGCGGAUGGUGCUCAGCUUCAUUAUAUCGAUUAUCUGGCUAACUCGCUGCCGGUGAAAUAUGCGGCCCACGGUUAUGGUGGACUGUUUGUUUCCAGCAUUCUCGAUCGGUAUCACCAUGCCAAGAUCACUCAGGACGAAGCGUACGAAAUAAUGAAAAAAAGUGUAACCGAGAUCCAAAAAAGGUUGCUCGUCAAUUUACCGAACUUCAAGGUGUCGGUAAUUGGCAAAGACGGUAUUAAGGAGUUAGCGGACAUCUCGGCCGAUAGUUUGAAGGAACCGCUUGCUGCUUAAGUUUGGUAUAAUGUAAAGUUUUUUUUUCUUAUGAAAACAAAUACAAUUCGGCUAGGUAUUUACGAAGGAAACCGUGAAUAAUAUUUAUUUU